CAAAAAUUGGUGGAAUGCACUGCUCAUAAUUACCUCAAUUUAAGCAUACAUACGAAAAAAAUGGUGAGCAAAUUUUCUGGACUAUCUUGUAAACUAAUUUUUGUUGCCAGUGUGGUUUCUUUCGGGACAUGGCUCCCCAUGGGAUACAUGAUGACAUCCAUUAACACUACCCAGUUUCUAAUCUUAAAAUGGAUUCGGCAUGUUGUGUGCACACGGCGAUUUCCUGUCGUCAACGAAUCGAUGACCUUCAACCUAUCGCUAAAUGUCUCCGAUUAUUCCGAAGAAACCUUGUGGUGCAGCGUUAUUCCUAAUCGCCAGCUUCCAACAAUCUUAAAAGACAAUGGAGAGUUAGCCACCCUAUGGGCGCUAGUUGGAGCCGCCAUUCCGACAGGUGGCGCUAUUGGUGCAUGGUUUGCCGGGUGGUUCCAGCACCGCUUUGGCAACCGGUACUCGUUGUUGUUAUCCAAUGUCAUUUCGGUUGUCGGCACACUCAUCAGCAGUCUCUGCACCAUUGGCGAUUCCUUCGAAAUGCUGGUUAUUGGGCGGUUUAUUUUAGGUGUGUUUGCCGGUCAGUGCGGCUUCGUUGUUCCGGUGUAUUUAGCCGAAAUCAGUCCGAUACCACUGCGCGGUGCGGUAAGUAUGUUUGCUCUAAUGUCCCGGGCUGUUGGUAUGCUGCUCGGCGUCUUCUUCGGUAUACCAGUCAUUUUCGGCACUGAAGAAUUAUGGAUUGACGUCUUAUGGGUGCGUCUCAUCCCGUCGAUUGCUUUAUUCCUUGUCCUUCCGUUCUGCCCCGAAAGUCCGCGGCAUUUAAUUACGUUAAAGAAUGGACAAGAACGAGCGUUGCGAGCGCUGAAGUGGUUAAGGAAUUCGGAGGAUGUAGCGAAAGAACUGGAAGAGAUUGAAGCCGACAGAGACAAGAUGGCCGGGCAAAGGUCGCUGUCGCUGAAGGAAGUCCUUACCAACCGGAUACUGCUGUGGGCGUUGGCUAUUUGUAACGCGGCAAUGGUUACACAACACCUCUCCGGUUACACAGCCGUGUUCACCUAUUCCACCUCCAUUUUGGCCGCGGGCGGUUUACCAAAAGCCUUUGCUGUAUAUGGAACCAUUGGCUUAAUGGGAAUUCCCCUGUUUAUUAUGGUGCUGUCUAUGCUUUUAGUGGAUCGUCUCGGAAGACGCACGCUGUUUUUAUUCGGUGCUGGAGGCUGUCUACUGUGUAAUAUUGGAAUGGUGAUAUUUUUAAAUCUAUCCAAGAGUGCAUGUGGCGGGUGCCAGUAUGCGGCACUGGCUUGUUUCGUGGUGUUUAUGAUAUUCUUCAAUAUUGGUACUGGUAGCGUCCCGUGGAUUUGGUCGGCAGAAUUAUUUCCCCGGAAUGCGCGCACUUCGGCGUUAUCAGUUACUUGGACGUGCAAUUAUUCACUGAGCCUUGCAGUAGUCUUUUUAUUUCCUAUCGUUCAUGCGGCUAUUGAAGAAUGGAUUUUCGCUAUCUCCGCUGGAUCGAUGUUGGCUAUCACGGUGUUUAUUUAUUUUACGGCGGUGGAAACCAAGGGGAAGACUUUUCAGGAAGUGCAGGCCGAGCUGCAGUUGAAAUUUGGAAAAGCCGACCAGAAUAUCAUGGAACCGCCCACUACAGUCAAGAAGAUUGAUGAGGAACCAACUUUACCUGCAGCCUAAAAUGUGUGUAUUAGUGCUAGCUGUUGCAUUUAAAUUCAUACCGUGGGAAUUAGUCAUAACAUUUGAAUCUUGAUGAAUCUGGGUGGUGUUAAACUUUCAGUAAACGUUGUGGUCAUUUACUACAAAUGAACGGAGACAUGCCAUGAAUAAUUAUGAUAAUUUAUUUACUCAUUCACGCUCUAUUAAAAA